GUCCACCAAAUUCCUCAGCGCUCUCUCACACUCCUCUAAGGCCACGACUCCGGGGUGGGGAAACAGAGCGCCGUCUUCCUUCCCGCAGAAGCCCUCGCGGUUCCAUCUCGCAACUCUGCGAAGGGGAAAGGAGUGUGAGACUCCACCAGACCCCUAGCUCCAAUCCCCAGCACCGGGUGGCUGCUCCACACUCCACGCUUGGGGGCCCAUUGGUUUCGGGGGUUCGCUCUCUCCCUCCCUCUCUACUCUCUCCUCUUUCUCCUCCCUCCCUUCCCUCUGUCUCUCUCAUCCUCUCCCCCAAACAUGUCCACCGGCUCUCUCAGCGAUGUGGAGGAUCUUCAAGAGGUGGAGAUGCUGGACUGCGACGGCCUGAAAAUGGACUCGAACAAGGAGUUUGUGACUUCCAACGAGAGCACCGAAGAAGGCUCCAACUGUGAGACCGGGUCUCCCCAGAAGGGCCGUGGCGGCCUGGGCAAGAGGAGGAAGGCGCCUACUAAGAAGAGCCCCUUGAGCGGGGUCAGCCAGGAGGGGAAGCAGGUCCAGCGCAACGCGGCCAACGCGCGCGAGCGGGCCCGGAUGCGGGUGCUGAGCAAGGCCUUCUCCAGGCUCAAGACCACCCUGCCCUGGGUGCCCCCGGACACCAAGCUCUCCAAGCUGGACACGCUCAGGUUGGCGUCCAGCUACAUCGCCCACUUGAGGCAGAUCCUGGCGAACGACAAGUACGAGAACGGUUACAUUCACCCGGUCAACCUGACGUGGCCCUUUAUGGUGGCCGGGAAACCCGAGAGUGACCUGAAAGAAGUGGUGACCGCAAGCCGCUUAUGUGGAACCACGGCGUCCUGACCUUGGAGGUGUGAGUCUGGGAAAGGAAAAGCGCGUUCCCGGGGGGAACGGCCCCGGGAAGGCGACCCCUGUCCUCCCUGCUCUCUGUCUCUGCUUCCCCUCGCAACGCUCCUCUCCCUGUCCCACCCUUCGAGAACACUUUACAGCGACGAGGAGAUUCGUUUCCAAACCAGAGGAAAUCAACUGUACUUAACAAAGAUUCCCAUCUAUUUAACUUGAUUAACUUCUACCAUGAAUGACUCUGCGAGCCUUGCUGGUCCAAGUGCAAUAUGUAAUUAUAAAUAUAUAAAUAGAUAAUAUUAGAGCCUAUCAAUGUGUAUCUUUUGUACAAUAUGUUGUAAAAUGUAGAUCAUAGAAUAGCUGACUUUGACAGUCACAUUUAUAAAGUAAUUCACUUAAAGAUAUCUAUUUUUUUCAAACAAGUUUUGCUACUUUCAAAAAAUAAAUCUUUCUUUAUAUUGCUAAAAG